AGGAUAUGUAAAAUUCUCCCAAAGAAAAUCCUCUUAUUGGUAACUAUGAUAAUUUAAACAUUUAUUUAGAUACAGGAAGCAUUGUAUAAGAAAUUUAUAGGGAGGAAUACAUUCCAGUUUAAUAGAUUUAAAAAAGAGAGGAGGAUGCAGUGUUUAUUGAUGAAAAUCCUUAAAUAGUAUUAGAUAAACUCAUGAAAUUAAAGGAUUGUAAUUAUAAAGAGAGGUAAAUUAAAUAGUAAAGAUAUAGACUUGCAUUUACAAAAAGAUUAGGAGAACUCUUAACAUGGAUAGGUGAUUCUGCUAUUGAUAAUUUAAAUACAAUAAUUUAGUAGAUCGUAAAAUUAGCUUUUAAUUCAUAAGUUAGAAGAUGCUGAUGAAAUUAAGAAAAAUUUUAUAGCCCAAUUAGAGUAAAUUUGUGUACUUUUGAAAACAAAAUAAAAUAAUUAAGAACUAAUUAAAUAACAUGUAGUGAAAGCUUUAUAAGAAUUGUUAAAAUCAAAUAAUUUUGAUGUAAUAAAUAUAUAAUUUAUAAUGAAGAUAAAAGAAUUGGCUGGAAAUUCAAUAAGUAUUGUUGCUAAAGAAUUAAAUGAAAGAGAUAGAGGCAAUCUAAUUUUAACUUAAGUUAUUUAGAUGGCACAUGAUGAUAAUAAUGAUGAGAAUGUAAUAAUUGCUGUUAAAGUUUAAUAUCAUUAUAUACAUUUUAGUUAUUUGGUUAAUUAGCUGCUGAUUUUGGACCUGAAUUAUCUGAAUCAUUUAUAGCAUUAGAAAUUCUAUCUAAAGGAGAUGAUGCUAAAUAACCAAUCAGAAAAGAAGCAGUUCUUUAAUUAGCUAAUAUAGCUAAAGUUUUAUCUAAAGAUUUUAUUAAACAUAGAUUACUACCAUUCUUUUCUAAGUUUUAUUUCAUAUUUAUACUAUUUUAGAAAAACUGAAGAAAGAACAUGGUAAACUAGAAAAGCUUGUCUUGAUAUAAUUGUUAAAUUAGCUGAAUAAACAGAUACAGAAAAUUUUGAUUUGAUUACUGGAAGAUUACUUGCAUUAUUAGAGUAAAGUUCAAUUAAAUUAAAAGUGAUUAAAAUAAAUGGGUUAAAUAGCAUGCUUAUAAGUAAUUAGGAAAAUACAUAUCAAUUAUUACAAGAUCUGAAAACAUUAAUGAUAAACUAUUAGAAUUCUAUUUAAAAAUGAAUGAUUCUGAUAUUAGAGAAUUAGGAAUUGAUAAUGAGGUAAAUGCAAUUUAUAAUAUAAUAAUAAGAUAGUUAUUGAAUGUGCACUAUAUUUUCCAGCAGUUCUUUAGGUUUACACUGAAAAGAAAUGGCCAUAACUUAGUAAAUUAUUUAUGAAAUUAAUUAUUCAUAAAGACAAGGUAUUAUUAUAUAAUAUUCCUUUGAGAGUCAAAAAACCUUUGGCUUGUAGUCUUCAUGUAUUAGCUAAAUUAUUAGGACCUUCAUUAGCAUAUUCAGAAUUAUUAAAAGUUUUAGAAUAAUUACUUUAAGAUCCUAAUGAUGAAAUCAAACAUGGAGCUGUUGAAAAUUUAGGAUUAUUUUUUGAUGCUAUUGAAGAAUCUAAAAGAGCGUCACUUAUUGAUAUCUUAUUGAUUAUUUAAAAAGAUUAAAAGAAAUGGAGAAUUAGAGAAUUAAUUGCUAAAUAAAUUUCUCAUUUAGCUAGAGUAUUUGAUGUUGAAACUGUUUUUUCUAUUAUUCUUCCAGUUUCAACUAAAUUGUGUAAUGAUAAUGUUUAUGCUGUUAGAAAAGCAGUAUCUAUAUUGAUAUUUAAAUUAGGCUGCAAAAUAAAUAUUUGAACUUUAUGAUAAAUUUUCCUAAAAUCAAAAUGAAUUGUAUUUCAACGUUUUAAAAUAAAAUAUCCUAGGAUUUGCUAAUAGUAAUAUGUUUAAUUAAAGAUAAAGGUAUUUUAUUUAUCCAUAUUAGUUUUGUUAUUAUGUGUGAAAAAUUAAUGAAAUAUGAAUAAUUUUAUGUUGAUUUUCUUGAAGCAUUUAUCCAUUUAGGUUAAGAUCCUAUUAAAAAUGUCAGAAUUUCUGUUGCUAAAGUACUUCAAAAACAUUUAUUUAAACCUAAAUAAUAAGCAAAUGAAGGCUUAUUUAAAGAAUAAACCUCUAUAAAAACACUUUGGAAUUUAUUAAUCAAAGAUAAUGUUGUUUUAAAUUCUUUAAAUAUUAAAAAGUAUCCAAACACUAUGUAUUAUAAAUGAAAAUAUUUAGUUUACAAAAAACUUAAUAAAUUUAAUUGACAUAAAGUCAAGUUAAAUUUCAUUUACAAGAAUAACCUCAAAUCAUCUAACAAGAAUAAAAAACUUUAACUGAUGAAGAUAGAUAAUAAACAUUAUCUAAUUCAAUUCCAGAAUAAAGUUAAGAAAAUCAAAAUAAAGAACUUAUGAUUUUAGAAGAACAAUUUGAAAAAAGUAAUCAAAUUGAUCUAAUUGACUGUGAUAGUGAAUAAGUAAAACAAGACGAAGAAAAUACAUAAAUUAUUGAUAAUAAUGAAAUGGAUAUAAAGUAAAAUAAUUAUCAAGACUCUUUAUAAAAUUAAAUCCAAUUGGAACCCGAAGUAGAAAAGAAAGAAGAAGAAGAUGAACAUGAUAAUUAAUAGGAAUCUUAAUAAAAUGAUUUAAAAGAUGUCUAAGAUGAUUCCUAAAACAAUUAAGAGAAUAAUGAAAAAGAAAUAGAGUAAGAAUGA